AUGGGGCUCAGCACAGACAAAGACGAGGGAUCAAGAGUGAUUGUGGAGGGAUCAGUGGAAGAAGGUGAAUCUUCAGAGUGUGGAGGAACCUGGGAUGAAUCAACUCUCCAGACAGACUCAACAACAGUCAAAGCACUUGAGUCCAAGGACGAACGCGGGGCUGUUCCUGAGGAUAGGGAACAAGAAGAGCCCGGUGAACAUGACGACGAGCUCGACGAUGACUCCAUAUUCACCUGUGACAACUGUCAGCAAGACUUUGAAUGUUUGGCGGAACUAACAGAACAUAGAACGAACCACUGUCCAGCAGACGGCGAUGAUGACCCAGCGGGGCUGUCCUGGGUGCCGUCCUCGCCCUCCAGCAAAGACGUGGCAUCACCUUCACAGAUGCCCGACGGAUGUUGCGACCUCGGCAUGGCUACAGGUGGCGAGGAGGAAGGCGGUGCCGGUCUGCCAUACCCGUGUCAAUUCUGCGACAAGUCCUUCAGUCGGCUGAGCUACCUGAAGCGCCACGAGCAGAUCCACAGUGACAAACUGCCUUUCAAGUGCACCUUUUGCAGCCGCCUCUUUAAACACAAGCGGAGCAGAGACCGCCACGUCAAACUCCACACAGGAGACAAGAAAUAUAGUUGCCAAGAGUGUGAGGCUGCAUUUUCCCGCUCUGACCAUCUAAAGAUCCAUCUCAAGACACACAGCUCCAGCAAACCAUUUAAGUGCAGCGUUUGCAAACGAGGCUUCUCAUCGACAUCAUCCUUGCAGAGCCACAUGCAGGCACAUCGCAAGAACCGUGAGCAUGUAGCGCUGAGGAGCGAAAAGGACAGCGGCAAAAAGGGAGCGGUGGGAGAGGUAGACCUGGAGCAGGACCUUUACAUGUGCGACUACUGCGAAGAGACCUUCAGCCAAACCGACGAGCUGGAGAAACACGUCGUGACCCGUCACCCCCAGCUGUCUGACCGAGCAGACUUGCAAUGCAUCCACUGCCCUGAGAUAUUCCUGGACGAGGCCUCGCUCCUCACUCAUAUUGACACGCAACAUGCCAACCGCAAACACAAAUGUCCUGUUUGUUUAGAACAAUUCCCCUCUGUGGAGGAUGUCUACUGCCACCUUGACAGCCACCGCCAGCCUGACUCUUCCAAUCAUAGUGCCGCUAGCCCUGACCCUGCAUUAGGGAGUGUGGCCUCAAUGAGUUCGGCCACUCCGGACUCAAGUGCCAGCCUGGAGAGAGGAUCCACCCCCGACUCCACCCUGAAGCCCGGCCAAGGCAGUGAACGAGGCAGAAGAAGAGGCAACGACAGUGGGGAAGAGAUGGGGAUAAGCUUAGUGCAUCCGGGUGGAGGUGGAGGAGGAAACUGGGCUAAAGUGACAUACUCUUGUCCUUACUGCUCCAAGAGAGACUUCAAUAGCCUAGCAGUGUUAGAGAUCCAUUUAAAAACCAUCCACGCCGACAAACCACAGCAGAGCCACACUUGUCAGCUCUGCCUGGACACACUGCCGACGCUCUACAAUCUCAACGAACAUGUGCGCAAAGCUCACCGUUCCAGCGGAGGAGCCGCAAGCCCGGCAGCAGCGGCUUUUCCCCUUCUGCAGUUCACUAACGUGACAGCAUUCCAUUGUAACUACUGCCCUGAUAUGUUCGGAGACAUUAACUCGUUGCAAGAACACAUUAGAGUGUCUCACUGUCUGCCUAGUGGAAUUAUGGCAGGGUCCACCACAUUAGAGGGGAAUCACGCCUUCUUCUGCAACCAGUGCUCCAUGGGAUUCCUGACAGAGUCUUCAUUGACCGAACACAUUCAACAGACUCAUUGCACUUCAGCUGUGGGGAGCGGGGCAUCCUCUGGGGGAGCACUGGCUAAACUGGAAUCUCCUGUACUACAGUCUGCAUCCCAAUCAUUCAUGGAGGUUUACUCUUGCCCGUACUGCACCAACUCUCCAAUUUUUGGGUCACUCCUCAAGCUUACUAAGCAUAUAAAGGAAAACCACAAGAACAUUCCGUUGGCUAACAACAAGAGACAGGCAAAGGUAGCUGACCUUAGCCCCGCCUCCUCCGACGUGGAGAUCUCCUCCCCGAAACGCCACCGACUCGGAGGAGACUCCACACCUUCGGUAGGGAGCAACGGGGACUAUCCGUGCAACCAGUGUGAUAUGCGAUUUACCAGCUUUGAGGGCUUCCAAGCCCACCUGAAGUCACAUCUGGAGAUGCUUCUGAGGCGCCAGUCGUGUCCACAGUGUAACAAAGAGGACUUUGAAUCCCAGGAGGCCUUGCUGCAACACCUGACUGUGCACUACAUGACCACAUCCACUCAAUAUAUGUGUGAGAGCUGUGACAAACAGUUCUCCUCAGUGGAUGACUUGCAGAAACACUUGCUGGACAUGCACACCUUUGUGCUGUACCACUGUACACUCUGCCAGGAGGUCUUUGACUCCAAGGUCUCAAUACAGGUUCAUUUGGCAGUGAAGCACAGCAAUGAAAAGAAGCUAUUUCGCUGCACAGCCUGCGCAUGGGACUUCAGGAAGGAGACAGAACUUCAGCUCCACGUUAAGCAUAACCAUGUGGGCCAGAGGUCAGGCCUCCCAGGAGGGAUCGGUGCAGGUCUGAAGCCCAGGAAGUGCAUCUUCUGUGGCGAGACAUUUGGAACAGAAGUGGAGCUACAGUGUCACAUUACCACUCACAGCAAGAAGUUCACGUGUCGUUUCUGUGGCAAAUCCUUCCACGCCAUCUCACUGUUAGAAAGACACCUCAGGGAGAAACACUGCAUUUUCGAUGGGGGCAACAUCACCGGCAACGGAGGUGGCACGGGCAGCAGCGGCAGCCAGAAUGGCACCCCGAAUGGGCUGACUCAGUCAGUAAAGAGAGGAGGGAGCACAGGCGGUGGUGGUCCUGGUGCUGGCGAAAGGACGUCAGUGGCGACCGCAGAGCAGGCUGACCUUCAGAACAUGUUGUUGAAGAACAGCAACGCCAGUGGAGGAGGAGAAACGGCAAACAGUCACGAAGCCAGUGGGGGUGAGGAGGAGCUAGACAAUUCUGAGCCCAUGUACGCUUGCGACAUUUGUGGUGCAGCCUACACCAUGGAGUCCCUUCUUCAGAACCAUCGGCUGCGUGACCAUAACAUCCGACCAGGAGAAGAUGAUGCUGGCUCUCGGAAAAAGAAGGCCGACUUCAUUAAGGGGAACCACAAGUGCAACAUCUGUUCCAGAACUUUCUUCUCCGAGACCGGGCUUCGUGAACAUGCGCAGACGCACCGUGGACCCGCCAAGCAUUACAUGUGUCCAAUAUGUGGCGAACGAUUCCCCUCUCUGUUAACCCUUACAGAACACAAGGUGACCCACAGUAAGAGCCUGGACACAGGAACCUGUAGAAUCUGUAAGAUGCCCCUGCACAGUGAGGAGGAGUUUAUCGAGCACUGUCAGAUGCACCCCGACCUCCGAAACUCCCUUACGGGCUUCCGCUGCGUUGUCUGCAUGCAGACCGUUACUUCCACCCUAGAACUUAAGAUCCAUGGCACUUUCCACAUGCAGAAACUGUCCACUGGUUCCGCUCUUGGAGGAACUGGAGGGGGCUCUGGGAACGGCGGAGGGAACGGUUCAGCAUCUUCCUCUCCCAACGGGCAGCUGCAACAUCACAAGCUGUAUAAGUGCGCCUUCUGUCUAAAGGAGUUUAAAAACAAAGGAGAGCUGGUUAAGCUGGAUGUCAACGGCCUGCCUUAUGGACUUUGUGCCAGCUGCAUGAGCAGGGGUACUAACGGCCAGAGCCCCAACCAAGGAGGGGCUCUCACACCUGGAGACACACAGGGAGAGAAGCCUGUGACUGGGCUCAGGUGUCCUGAGUGCGGAGUGAAGUUUGAAAGCCUGGAAGACUUGGAGAACCAUGUCCAGACAGAUCACCCUGAUGUCAGCCCUGACACGAGUUUAGCGAGCAAGAAGCCUGAAGCUUCACCUGCGCCUAAGAAAAAGACCUACCAGUGUAUUAAGUGCCAAAUGACGUUUGAGACGGAACGAGAGAUCCAGAUUCAUGUUGCAAAUCACAUGAUCGAAGAGCCCACCUGUCGGCAAGAGGAGGGCAUCAAUCACGAGUGCAAGCUGUGUAACCAGAUGUUUGAUUCACCUGCCAAGCUGCUCUGCCACCUGAUAGAACACAGUUUUGAAGGCAUGGGAGGUACCUUCAAGUGUCCCGUCUGUUUCACAGUAUUUGUACAGGCCAACAAGUUGCAGCAGCACAUCUUUGCGGUCCACGGUCAAGAAGACAAGAUUUAUGACUGUUCGCAGUGUCCUCAGAAGUUCUUCUUUCAGACUGAACUGCAGCUGGCUGUGCUGGAAGUGAGGUCACUUCCUCCUUUGUGUAACAGCUUCCAACAGGGAGCUCGCACCUUUGCUGUGAAUCACAGGUGGGGUGGUGAGCACUGA